AUGGCGGCUUCGGUGGCAGCAUCAACAGCAGCGGCGUCGCUGGGAGCGUCGGAGAUGCUGGGGAAUGCUCUGAAUUUCAAUGGCAGCAGCAGCAGCAGCAGGUCCCUUGCAUCAGGCCCCUCCUCCACUUCCACUUUCAAGAUAGUUGCUCUCUUCUCAAAGUUCAAGAAGGCUGCUUCUUCUCCCCCUCCUCCGCCUCCCAGAUCCAAGCCCUCUCCCGCUGUUUCCUCUGUCUCUGAAGAACUCGCCAAGUGGUAUGGCCCUGAUAGAAGGAUCUUCCUUCCCGACGGACUGUUGGACCGUUCUGAGAUUCCCGAGUACCUGACUGGAGAAGUCCCCGGAGAUUAUGGUUACGAUCCUUUUGGGCUCAGCAAGAAGCCAGAAGACUUCGCCAAGUAUCAGGCGUACGAGCUGAUUCACGCCCGGUGGGCAAUGCUCGGAGCUGCUGGGUUCAUCAUCCCUGAAGCUUUCAACAAGUACGGUGCUAACUGCGGGCCUGAGGCUACAGGAGCUCUGCUUUUGGAUGGGAACACCCUCAACUACUUCGGGAACAACAUCCCCAUCAACCUUGUGGUAGCCGUUGUCGCGGAGGUCGUCCUUCUUGGCGGUGCCGAAUACUACAGAAUUAUUAAUGGCUUGGAGUUGGAGGACAAGCUUCACCCGGGCGGGCCAUUCGAUCCACUGGGGCUGGCCAGCGACCCAGACCAAGCCGCACUCCUCAAGGUGAAGGAAAUCAAGAAUGGUAGACUAGCCAUGUUUGCGAUGCUUGGUUUCUUCUUGCAAGCUUAUGUUACAGGGGAAGGUCCAGUCGAGAACCUUUCUAAGCAUCUCACCGAUCCUUUCGCAAACAACUUGCUCACUGUUCUUUCCAGCUCUGUCGAGAGAGUACCCACUCUCUGAUCUCCUCUUUCUUUCCACUUGCUACAGCGCGCAUGUUCUGUAGUCUCCGCCCGAUCCACUUUCAUUUUUAUUUCUUUCCUUAAGUUGAAUUGUCAAGUAUCGUAAUAGGGUGUUUCAUAUGGAUAUGGUGGACAAAAAAACCCUUUUUAUUGUUCCUGUCUCUUGUCGGCCAGCUGACUCUUGUGUAUCUCGAUUAUCUCGUUUAAUACGAAGUAUUUUUGGGAGAAAAAAAUGUAUGAUUUGAAGUUAAGUGCGUACAUACAAUUGCGUUCUAUAUGUCCAAGGCCAAAUGUGGCUCUAAGGUACAAGAUUAGUAACGCAUGCCAUGCAUGAAAAUGAUGCUCUUUCAUCCAAUUACUGCCUUUAUUAGAUAUAUACU